CACAGAGUUUGAGUUCUCCACAGAGAGAUCUUAUCAUACAUCCAUGAGAGAGAUACAUGAUGACAACAACAACAACUAUAACACAAGCCUUAAAAAUGCACUUUGGGUUUGACAACUUUCGAUCUAAAAUACAGGAGGAUGUUGUUAAAGCCGUCGUCAAAGGUGAUAAGGAUGUGUUUGUGUGCAUGCCCACGGGAGCAGGGAAGUCGCUCUGCUACCAGCUACCCGCGGUCCUGGCUCCGGGUAUCGCUCUGGUUAUAUCCCCGCUAAUCGCUCUCAUUCAGGACCAAGUGGACCACCUGAAGAGUCUGAACAUCCCCGCCUGCUCCAUCAACUCCAAGCUCCCAGCAGGCGAGCGCCGGCUGAUCUUUGCUGAUUUAGGGAGCAGCAGUCCUAAGCUCAAGCUGCUUUACAUCACUCCGGAGAUGGUUGCCUCUCCUUCGUUCAAGCCCUGCCUGACGGACCUGUGCACCCGUGGCCUGCUGUCUUACCUGGUUGUGGACGAGGCUCACUGCGUCUCCCAGUGGGGACACGACUUCAGGCCGGACUACCUCAAACUGGGGAAACUGCGUGCUCGAAUGCCGGGGGUUCCCUGUUUGGCCCUGACAGCUACAGCACCCAAGAAUGUACAAGAGGACAUUGUUUUGUCUCUGACUCUGCGCACGCCGCUGUCUUUCAUUACACCUGUCUUCCGCAGUAACUUGCACUACGAUGUGAUCUUCAGGGAGAUGCUGCCAAACCCCUUCGUCCACCUCCACGCCUUCAUUCAGCAAUCUCUGGCCCUGGACAGCGGCUCUAAAGGACAGGGCUGUGGGAUUGUGUACUGUCGGACCAGGGAUAGCUGUGAAUCGGUGGCUCACCAGCUGACCAAGCUCGGAGUCUCGGCCAAACCUUAUCAUGCAGGUCUGAAGACAGGAGAUCGCACAGAGUCCCAGAAUGAGUGGAUGCAAGGGAAGGUGCUGGUUAUCGUAGCCACCAUCAGCUUUGGUAUGGGCGUGGACAAGGCCAAUGUCAGGUUUGUGGCUCACUGGAACUUGGCAAAGUCCCUGGCCAGCUACUACCAAGAGUCAGGAAGAGCCGGGAGAGACGGCCUGCCCUCCUCCUGUCGCAUAUACUACUCCGCCAAAGAUAAGGAGCAACUGAACUUCCUCAUCCGCAAAGAGAUUUCCCGCAAACAGGGGAAACGUGGCUCUCUGAAGGAGACUGACAAAGCAACCAUCACAGACUUUGAUGCCAUGGUGGCGUACUGUGUUCAGGAAGCUUGUCGCCAUACCACCAUCUCCAAGUUCUUUGGGAACAAGACGCCCAACUGUGCCGGUGCCUGUGACUUCUGCCGUAACCCCAAGCUGGUGCGAGCCCAGCUGGAGAAAGGGAGCUCCCUCAGCACCAAGACCAAGGCCCAGAGCAGCCAGCCCUCAGGACCCUUCGGUUUCCUGCCGGGCUUCUACGAAGGAGGGAAGAAGGGCUACGGCUUUGAAAGGUUUGAUGAAGGGGAAGAGGACGCGGAGGGCGGUGAAGACGAUGGCUCAACGAGGAAAAAGGAAUUUUCUAACCUCUACAAGAAGCAGAUGACCAUGCGGAAGGGAAUGACCGUUCGGCGGGAAGGCUUUGUCCCUCCAGAUGAUGACUGCCAACUGAGAGAUGCCAGCAGUCAGAAGAUCCCCAGACUCACUGUAAAGACCAGAAUGCAUUGCUUAAGCCUCCUGAAGGAAGCAUUAUAUGGCCACCAGAGGGCAGAUGACACGUUCAAUGACACCGUUUCCUUAGCAGUCAACACAGAACUCGAUCUUUUUGAGAAGAGCAAAUCUUCAAACCUGUACAAAGCUGCCAUCCUGAAGAAGGUAUCGGAUAUCAAGAAGACAGGACCUGGAGAAAGAGGCGAUGACGGCAAGGCGGGCAGCAGUGAUUCUACGGAAUAUUCGUCGUCUUCUUCCUUUACUGAGAAGCAGCAGGGGUUCACCUCUGCUUCUGAAAUACACUCGAUGAAGCGUAAGAGAUUUGGCGCGGGCAACAUCCUCCAGUACUUUGCAAAGAAAGACACACCGGAGAAGAGCCAGCAGGAGGAGGAGGUGGUACCUGAUAAUACUUCAAUAUCUCCUAACACGGUGGAGGACGAUCAUGAACUCGAUCGACCACUUUUCAUUGGGGAUGAAAUGGAGAUAAGUUCUGGAGAGGAGAGGAAAGAAGAAGUCAUCUUAAUCUCUGAUAAUGAUGAGGAGGAAACCCAUCCAAUAGACACGCUGGAGGUGACGUGGUUUCAGUACAUACCCGCAGAGGAUAUCGCCACUCCUGCAGGACAGAAGGAAACUCAGGAAGAGGAUAAACCUAUUCUGAUAGAAGAGGUGACGGGUGAGGUGACGUCGCAAAAAGCGCCCUCUCCUCCGGCGAAGAGCUGUGACCCCUCAGAGAGAGGACGGAAGGAAACUCAGGAAGAGGAGGAACCUAUUCUGAUAGAAGAGGUGACUGGUGAGGUGACGUCGCAAAAAGCGUCCUCACCUCCGGCGAAGAGCUGUGACUCCUCAGAGAGAGGACAAAAGGAAACGCAGGAAGAGGAGGAACCUGCUCUGACAGAGGAGCACUGUGGCCCCUCAGAGAAAAGAGUGACCUUUAACCCCAACGUGCAGGAGCGCCCUCUGAUCCCCGCCAACGUGCCGGUGACACUGAAGGAGGCGGCGGACAUCGUGGUCCGGUACCUCAACCCGUUUUACUCUAAGGGGAAGUUUGCCACCAAGGAGCUGUUUAAGUCCUUUGCACGCUUUUUAUCCCACCUCCUCACAGAGGGGAGUAGUAAAGGGAAAGACCAAGUUAAAGCCGAAGCCCAAACUCUCAUCAAGAAGUUCUUCAUCAAAGUGCAGCACUGUAAGAGCGAGGCGGACUGGACGCACCUGAGGAAGCUGCAUGAUGGGAAGAGGAAAUGAAAUGUUUUUGAAGGGUCAAGCCCUUCCUCUUUGUCAGUGCCUACGCUUCUCUCGUCCCAGCGAACUCAGUCAGAUCCUGAAUGCCUGCAGAAAGAAAGUUUAAUGAACGGCUUUGUCGGGUUUAUGCCGAUAAUGAAGCACUAACGUGACUGUAGAGCAGUGUUGUACUGUGUGCACACAGAUAUUCAUUUUGUUUAUUUUUCCGCCUGAAAAGUGUGACCACUGUACAUGUCUUGUGUGCAAAGUAUGUUAUAAUUAAUGUUCUAUAGGCAGCCAUUGUCCUUUGUAUGUUUAACCACGAUGACACUUCUACGUUACUGCACUCAAGUCCAUUAUAUCGCAACACAUGUGUUAUGUCUCUGCAAGUUCAUACUUAUCUGAAAUGGAUUCAAACCAAAGGGCUCUUACAAAUGAAGCCAAAGAAACACCUUGUGGAUAUUGAAAAUGCAUACUUGGAAGUCAUUUGGUACAAAAUGUACAAUAACACUGGAUUUCUGGUUGUUUUUUUAUUUGAAAAAUAGCAGAUUGAUCUGUUUUGUAGGGCCUAAUUAUUGCACUUGCAUUGUGAAUGGACAUGCGAGGAAACUGUCCCGCUGUGUGUUUAUUUUCUUGAUUCAAAGACAAACCAAAAGUUGUUUUAAAUGUGGUUGUGUCUUAACAAAAGUGAGAGGAUUUUUUUUUGUGGCAUUUUCAUUGUAAUAAUAUUGUUUCUGAUAAGGGAAAUGUUCCUUGGUUAUAGUGCCUGUCUGCAUGUCAGGCUGUGAGAGGCCAGAGUUUCUGUCUCCACAGUCAGGAAGAGGACAGGAAGCAGUGAUGGACAGAGGCCUGGCUGUGCAGUGAACAGUCAGUCUGUGCUCCUAGCCUCCUACCUGUUUAUAAUAAACUGUAUGUUGAACAGGACUAACCUCA